UUAGGAGCGCUGCAGGUUGGAACAUGUUGCAACUCAAUCGAUACCAGAUGAAGAAAAACUUAUUGAACGUAUCCUAGUCUGACAGCAAAUCGACAGAGGUGGUUGUUUGUUAUGACAAAGGAUCGGUUACCUUUCAAAAUAAGCUUAGCAAAAUAGAGUGAAACUUUAAUUUGGUAUCUUAAGUUUUAUAUCAUUAUUACUUUAUCCGAAUAUAUUAAAUCUGGUGCUGUGGAUGUGACUUUUUUGUUGUUCCCCAUUUGCUUAUUCUUGUAUUGUUAUUAUUGUCGGCAGCGGUAAGUUACCGAAUAGCUUAACCAUGUGAAGAUAUUACAUUCUGAUCGUUUGUAAUAAGUGUGUUUGUUUCUAAUUAGUUACAAUCGUAUUAAAUAAUUUUUGUGUUAUUAAGCCCUGUGUGUUGUGUAGUACGUGGUCUGUUUUUGACAGGCCAGUCUUGGGCUUGUCUAAGGCGUUUUGUAUAGAAGUAGGUGGACAAGAUUAACUUUUGGUGUGGAUAAAUCAGGUUUUGAUAUUUAAUAACCUUCAUAAAUAGGACAUUUCUGUUGUCUUUGCAUGAAGAAAGAAGAAUUAAUUGAAACCAUUAUCAGUUCAUCUCAGUAGACAGUAUUUGGAGAUUAAUUGUGUUGCCAGUGUGCUUGGCCUUCUCGUAAUGCCUCGCCGAACUGCAGAACCUGCUACUGGAGCAGAAAUAGAACCGAAGAAGAGAUUUGCUUCAAAUGGUAAUAGAUUGCCUGAUCCAAUUUGUGUGGGAGAGAUAUUGACUGAUAUUACCAAGAACCAAUGGAAGCUUGGCAGAUCAAUUGGUGUUGGAGGAUUUGGUGAAAUUUAUCUUGCUUCUACCAGUACUUACAAACCUGUGGGUUCUGAUGCUCAGCAUGUAGUAAAAGUAGAACCACAUAAAAAUGGACCACUUUUUGUGGAAAUAAAUUUCUACCUGAGAGCGGCAAAAACAGAUAUGAUUGAUGAGUGGAAGAGGAGGAGGAGAUUGAAACAUGUGGGAUUAUCCCCCUACAUAGGCUCUGGCUCACAUGUCUACAGAGGGGAAAAGUAUCGCUUUCUGGUACUACAGAGAUUUGGUCAGGAUCUCGGCAAAUUGUUCCUACAGAAUGGCAAAAUGUUCCCAGUUAAGACUGUAUUUUAUCUUGGCAUACAAAUACUGAACACAUUAGAAUACAUCCAUAGUCAUGGCUAUAUCCAUGCAGACAUAAAAGGCCCAAAUUUGCUGCUGGGGUAUCAUAAGGGUACUGAGAAUUGUGUUUACCUGCUAGAUUUUGGUCUAGCAUGUCGCUAUAUAGAUCAAAAUGGUGUCCAUAAGGAGUACCGCUUUGACCAGCGCAAAGCACAUGAUGGCACCUUAGAAUAUACCAGCAGGGAUGCCCAUAUAGGUGCACACUCUCGACGUGGAGACCUAGAAAUCCUUGGCUAUAACAUGCUUCAGUGGCUGUGUGGCAAAUUGCCAUGGGAAGACAACAUUCGUGAUCCAGAGUAUGUCCAUGUUCAAAAGAAGAGUUUCAUGUCCAACAUUCCUCUACUCUUGCGGAGGUGCUUCCCUAACUCAGAUCCACCAGCUGUUUUGAGCCAGUACCUGAAGUAUGUGUCUAGUCUUGGUUUUCAAACAAAGCCAGACUAUACUUUCUGUAGAGACCUACUGAGGCAGGGUAUUGAAGAUUCUGGUUAUGUGGAUGAUGGAAAACUUGUGUUUGGAGCUCGUCUGUGUCCAAGAAUUAUUAAAAACAAGAAGCGAGGAGUUAAACGCAGAGCAACAGAGGAACCUGAAAAUAUAAUGGAACUGAAGCCCAAGAAAAUAAUUCGCAGUGCUCUUUGCCAGCCCUGUGUGGCUCACAAUUUCAAUAGAAUGACUCGAAACUCACCAUCCUCUCCAGUACUGCGAUCACACCAACAGUUUAGUUGGGAGAAAAUAAUAUCUGGCAAUCCUGAAAAGCAAUUAAAGAAACUUGCAGCAUUGAACCGUAAGUUGGCUAUUACCAUCUCGGCCAAGUCUGAACCCGUGGUGCUGAUGCAGCGUCAGUCAAACCGGGUGAAGCAGAAGUUCACACCAUCAUUACCAGAAGUGCCAGAAGCAGCUAAACCUCAGCACCAAACAGCUGACACAUCCUCAUUCAGUAACCCUACACCAGCCAUGUUGGAGAUAAUAUCAAGAAUGAGACUGAAGGCAUCAAUACCUGCCAUUGCAGGGGGAAAGAAAGUCAAAAGUGAGAGCCGUUGCAGUAGUCCUGUUGAUUCACCAUAUUCAUAUCCGAUCACAUAUGCUAUGGAACAGGUGAUCAAACGGAGAGAAGAGCUUCGACAACAAGAGGCGUGCUGUAGUGGCACAGAAUCAGACAGCCUCAGUGAUGACAGAAUCUCAUCAUCCGAUGGGGAUUUUGUGAGGGCUACACGAUCUAGGGUCAAGAGCAGGUUGCAGCCUAAAAUAUCUUCAAAAUCAAAUGGACUAAAAGCAAAACUUGCACCACCUGUGGUGUCUAGGAUAGUCAGUGUGAGUGCAGCAGGUAGGAGGAGAAAACCAAUUACUGCUGUGGUGCAAAAGAAGUCAGCUGUGAGGCACCGAGCGUUACCUAGCCUUUGCCCACGAACUCUGAGAAACAACACACUGCGUGGGUGAGGUUGGCUUUGUACAUUUGACACUUGUGCAAGUUGAAUAUCAGCAUGUGUGGGCAGUUGAGGCAACAUUUCAUGAAGAUCAUCAUUUCUUGGCAUCCUUCAAUAUCAUCAAUGUUCAUAAAAAUUGACAGUUUAACUGCACACUGGAUUUCACAUGCUAAAUGUGUCUUGCCUUUAUUUAUUGAUAGAAAUUGGUAAUGCAUAGCAAUUCAUUAAAACUCCAAAGUGAAAAUAAACAAGAUAUUUUAAAAUGCCUUAUUAAUUACUGAUUGGAUACAUGUGGACAUUAGCCAAGAACAUCCAUCAGACCAGGUAUAGGUGUUUACCAGAUGGAUGCUUGUGCAAUAAUAAUCUCUUUAUUUGACUUGUCUGCCAUUCAUUCAAUUUGAUGGUAGCUUUAGUUUCAGUUAUGUGAUUCUAACAUGGAGUGAAGAUGUCAGUGUUGGUUUUCUGGGUUGUAACUCGAUGUGGUCUUGUAGAUAGAUACCAACAUUUCAGAGAAACACACAGGGUUACUACCCUGAAGAUCAAUAUUGACAGCUUUGUUCUGUAAGUUCACUUUGGUGACAUGGUAGAACCAGCUUCGGUUUCUUUCUUUUUUUAGUUAUAAGUUCAUUUGUCAUAUUGCGAGGAAUCAGAAUAGUUCAUUUUCAAUAAAUUCAUACUUAAUAGUUGACAGUUUAGAUGUUUUUGAUGUUCAUACUGAAUGUGUGUGUUGUAUGUUGUAUGAGUCUGAUAAGAGUUACAAAGUUAUCUAUAUUUUUAAUAAUGUUGUUGCCUUCAUUGGAUUUGUUUUUUCUUUUGUUUUGUUUACUUUGAGUAAAAAUAUUUUCAACAAGGAAUGUUGUGGAAUUCAUUGAUUAGAAACAUGGUCUGUUCCUUUGAUAUGUAUUGCAAGUUGCAAGCAUUAGCAGUUUCAGAUCAAAGUGUCCAAGAAUUUUUGUUAUGACUGAACAGGAAUUCAAAAUAGCUUGUUCAGACUCCUGCUGAUGAACUACAAGGUAUAUGGGUUUGGCCUACAUGUUGAAUGUGAUAGACAUGUUUGUAUGCUGAUGUGAACAGGAGGUUGGCAGAAUGUUACACUCUUUUACUUUUUAAUGUCAGAGGUAAGUUAUUGAUAGCACAAGUCAAAAUGUUGGCCACAAACAGAUGUCUCCAUUUCGAUAUUAACACAUUUAAGUAUAUUUCACUGUGUAAUAGUGUCAUUUUCAUUAUAAAGUGACCAUUCUUCAACACCCCACCCACCCCUCCCCCUAACCCUUGAUGCUGUGACAUUUAGGCAACGGGCAGGUCUUGGUGUGUUGUGAAAGACAAGCAAUGUUUCUUGCAAAGCUUGUAACUAAUUUUGCAGAGUACUUUAAUGAGAUGGAGACUGUUGGGAUAAUAAUGUUGGAAUACUUGGUUUUCCAUUUCUCCUUCUUCUCUUGCUCUACAGCCCUCGGUGGGUUCUGGUAUCCCAGGUUUUCCAUUUGAAAAAAAUAAAGGUUGUUAUAUUAAUAUAUUAAAUGUUUUGUUUACAUUUGUGUUUAAAACAAAAUAUUUUACAAAAAUGUGUCCCACUCUUUAAAUACUCCAUGUAUGUUCCAAGUUUAACCUGUUCAAGGUAUGUAUGUUUGUUAGUGAAUGUUCAUUAUGUGAAUGAAAUUCAAAAUUUUUGGGCCUGGAGAUUCUGUUUGUGUAAUAAAAUAUUACAAAUGGAAGGACUGCAUUUAUUCCUCUUAGCAGUUAAUACAUAUUUGAAUAUGUAUAUUUACUAUAUGUGUGUGUUAUGAAAGAGUGGGAUACUGUCAAUGAAUGUAAACAGACUUGUAGCGGGGAAACGGACCUUCAUUUUGCUUUUUACAUGUGGUAUAUGCCACAUAGACAGUAUAAUAUAUAUUGUGGUUAGGGUUGGAUAUCAAAUGCUGAGUGGUCCACUCUGAAGUUCAUAGUAAAUCCAUGUGUACUACAUGAAAAAAAUAAAACAUGCUGUGGGUGUUUGAUUAAA